AUGGCUGCAGAGCUUACGUCCACGAAGCUCAGUGCGGAGAAUCACCUUCUCUUAGAUCAACCCCUCCUUAGACUACCACAUGAACUUGCCCGAAGAAAUUUCAAAUCGGUGCAGCGGCUCGUUGAGCGCGAAAAAGAACAUGUUCUUCCCGUCCUUAAAGAAACCGCCAAUGCGUCGUUGUCCAACGAUCAAACUCCGGAUCAGACUCUUACCGCCCUCGAUGCUAUGAUAUCGCGCAUGCAGGGUCUGAAGCGGAAAAUGGAAAAUUUACACCAGGAGGAGCGAAGAAUCCAUGACCAGUCUAGAAAGCGCAUACAACACCUUGAAUGUCUUCAUCAAAUAUCUAGUCUGGCAGAUGUGAAGUAUGACCAGUGGUCAAGAGUGCGGCUAGACAGGUUGGUGGUAGACCAUCUGCUGCGGUCGGGGUAUACGGAGAGUGCACAGCAACUAGCCCAGGAGAAAGACAUUGAGGAUCUUGUCGAUCUCAAUGUAUUUGUGCAGUGCCAGCGUAUUGCUGAGAGCCUACGCCGUGGCGGAACUAAGGAUGCCCUGCAGUGGUGCAGUGAAAAUAAGGCAGCUUUAAAGAAGAGUCAGUACAACUUGGAGUUCGAGUUACGCAUGCAGCAAUACAUCGAAAUGGUUAGGACUGGGGACAAAUCGAAGUUUGUCGAAGCGAUGGUGCAUGCGAAGAAAUACCUUACGCCGUUCAUUGAAACACAGUCGACUGAAAUCCACCGGGCUGCAGGCCUUCUCGCUUUCCCACAUGACACUAAAGCCGAGCCGUACAAGUCGAUGUAUUCUCCCGAUCGGUGGAUACACCUCUCGAAACUUUUUGUCCGCACUCACCAUGAACUUUUGUCAUUGCCAUCACGGCCCUUAUUACACAUCGCCCUAUCAGCGGGCCUGUCGGCCUUGAAGACGCCGUCUUGCCAUUCAGCCUAUACGUCUUCAAGCUCCAAUUCUUUGUCUACUACGACGUCAGUCUGCCCCAUAUGCUCGACUGAGUUGAACGAACUCGCGCGAAAAAUGCCGUACGCUCACCACACGAAAAGCUAUGUGGAGAGUGACCCAAUUGUGCUUCCAAAUGGCCGAAUAUAUGGCAAACAGCGACUGCUAGAUAUGAGCAAGAAGGUUGGGUGUGUCGAAGCAGGCAAGGUUAAAGACCCCACCACUGGGGAAGUCUUCGAGGAGAGCGAAAUGAAGAAGGUUUAUAUCAUGUAA